CAUGUUGGUACAACGGCAACCAAAAAAAUUGAUGUCUACCUCCCACUGCACACAAGCCAGGACAAACUGCAGCCCAUGACAGUGGUGACCAUAGCCAACGCCAAGGUGCACGACCUGAUCGGACUCAUCUGCUGGCAAUAUACAAGUGAGGGACGGGAACCCAAACUGAACGACAACGUCAAUGCCUACUGCCUCCACAUCGCCGAGGACGACGGCGAGGUCGACACGGAUUUUCCACCCUUGGAUUCCAAUGAGCCCAUUCACAAGUUUGGCUUCAGCACUCUGGCACUAGUGGAAAAGUACCCAUCCCCCGGCCUGGCAGCCAAACAGUCACUCUUUGUGCGCAUAAAUGCUGCUCAUGGAUUCUCACUUAUUCAGGUGGACAGUAUGAAGGUCACCAUGAAGGAUAUCUUACAAAAGGCCUUAAAGAGAAGGAAGGGAUCGCAGAGAGGCUCAGGUCCUCAGUAUCGGCUGGAGAAGCAGAGUGAACCUAAUGUCCCAGUAGAUUUAGACUGUACCUUGGAGAGCCAGAGCACUUUGGAAUUCUGCCUUGUCCGGGAGAACAGUUCAAGAGGAGAAGAGGUGUCGGAGGAGGACCCACAGAUCGACAUUGCCACAGUCCAGGACAUGCUCAGCAGUCACCAUUACAAGUCCUUCAAGGUCAGCAUGAUCCAUCGGCUGCGGUUCACCACGGACGUGCAGUUGGGUAUUUCUGGAGACAAGGUAGAGAUAGACCCUGUUACUAAUCAGAAGGCCAGCACUAAGUUUUGGAUUAAGCAGAAACCCAUUUCAAUCGAUUCUGAACUCCUCUGUGCCUGUGACCUUGCGGAAGAAAAAAGCCCAAGUCAUGCAAUAUUUAAACUUACAUAUCUAAGCAAUCAUGACUACAAACACCUUUACUUUGAAUCAGAUGCUGCUACUGUCAAUGAAAUUGUACUGAAGGUUAACUAUAUUCUAGAGUCGCGAGCAAGCACAGCCCGAGCAGAUUAUUUUGCUCAGAAACAAAGAAAGCUGAGCAGGAGAACAAGCUUUAGCUUCCAGAAGGAGAAGAAGUCUGGCCAGCAGUGAGGCCGAGCCUCGAGGAGAGCCCGAGUGCCGCGUUCGAGGAGCUGCUCCCACCGGGGCAGGUGGCACCAGGACUGUGAGCUCCUCUGCCCACGGGCAGGAGCCGCCGGGAGAACUCCGGAUUAUCCCAUCUCUCACGGCUGGAAGAUCAUCCCUCGUCGGCGAUGGGAGGUCUCCCCGUGACAGAAAUAAAGAGCCAUAUCAGCCGGAAAGAAGACUGUUACGCUUCAGGUUCCUUUGAUUAGACAUAAGAGAAUGACGUAGACUGGCAUCAUUUAAUUACUGUGUUAUGUACAAUCACAAGAAGAGAUGUGAUUACAUAUUAUUUCACAGCCUGGUUAAAAUAAAUUAUAUACAUCUGUAAUCCACCCACGUUCACACAGGUAUUGCUUGUGACAUGAUCAAAUUUCUAAAAACAAAAUGUAGGACAAAUGUAUCCAUUUUUACUAUUAAUAAACAGAUGUAAUCUUUUUCAAG